AUGAAUCGAACCAGCUAUCUCCAGACAUCAAGACCAGUGCAUUUACCAUUAUGCUACGGCAUUACUUUAAAUCACUUUAGGCAAUUUUUCACAUUUGUUUCAUGUAAAUUGGCACUUCCUUUGGCUUUUCCUUCAGAAAUCAGCGAAAAUCACCGAGGUAUCAAUUUACCACUAACAGUUGACGCUAUGAUACUGCCCCACAUGCCAUUAACUCUAAAUAAGGCUACCAUAAGGCAGCUUAAGAAAUUCUUCACUAGUCCAAUACAUAACUAA